GCCGGCUGCAUGUACGUCCACGGAGGUGUGGUGGACAUCCAAAGGAACAAACGGACUGGCUCUCUCUUCAAGAUGUGGCUGGUAGUGCCCAGCCUCUUGGAACUGUCUUGGGAGAAGCUUCUGGGGUUUUUCCCCCACUUAGCAAACCUCACCAGAUCGCAGCUUUUGCACCUUGGACUUACACAGGGACUCAUCGAGCGCUUGAAAUGA